CGCUACGCGCGCGUCUUUCAAGGUUUCCCAUUCCCUUGCUGGGGGUUCAGACUGUGCGCUAUCACUAUGAGAGUGUCUUUGAAGCGGUCAGUCGUCAUACUGGGGGGGAUCGGGCUCCUCGUCUAUGUGGGCGUGUUUCUAAAGGGUGGAUAUAAGCCUGAGACUGACAAACAGCUGGACACACCGCAUUUGAUCAGGAGUUUUUCUGAUCUGGAGACAAGCAUCAGCAAUCUCCGCAAUGUAGUCAGAGCUUUUGAGAAAAAGCAGGACACCAUGCAGAAAAUGCUUGAAGAGGACAGACUCAGAUGGAGAAAAGCUGCAGAGGUCAAACAGCCAACUGCCAAAACACAGCCAGAGCAGAAAGAGAAACCUGAAGCAAAAAUCCCCGACCAAAAGGAGAAUUCUCAAGAGAAAAAGUCUAAUAAACUGUUUCCCAACUCUCCCCUGUUCAAGACGUGGGGGGAGAAUCUCUCUGAGGAUGACCAAAGAGAGGCACAGGCUUUGUUUGACAAAUAUGGAUACAAUGUUUUUCUCAGUGAUCGCCUCCCUCUAGAUCGAGCUCUUCCAGAUACCAGGGAUCCAAGGUGUCUGAAAAAGAGUUACCCAGAAGACUUACCAAGUAUUGGAGUAGUGUUGAUCUACCUGAAUGAGGCCCUGUCUAUUAUCAAAAGAGCUAUGCGCAGCAUCAUUGACCGCACCCCUAAACACCUGCUGAAGGAGAUCAUAUUGGUGGAUGACAAUAGCUCUGAAGAAAACCUGAAGGGUGACCUUGACAUGUUGCUCUCAAAAUUGUAA